AUGUCUCCCCACCUCUUCCCCCGGAGGGCAGAGCUCCCGACUCCUGACACCAAACUCAAGCGCGGCCACCUCCUCCAUGGCUGGGAUGCGCAAGGCUACGACGCGCUGAAGUUCUCAUGGGGCCUCAAUGGUGUAGAGCAAGAUGGUAACUUCCUCUGGGUCCACACCUUCGUUGUCAUUCUGGGUGUGUGCGUCGUUGGCUUGCUAGUGCUGCGAUUUUCAAACAUGUUCUACAAGCACGCGCGGCAUUUGACCGUCAUGAGCAACCCAGAAAGACAAGAGUACUGGAAACACAACAGGUCGCGAUGGUGGCCAUGGCUAAAUCGACAUGUCCUCAUGGCGCCUCUGCACAAGAAGAAGCACAACGCCACCUUUCAAAUCUCCGCGGCCAUCGACAACGGCACCCUUCCCGGCCGCUGGCACUUUGCGAUGAUUGUCGUCUAUGCCGCGCUGAACGUCGCUUGGUGUUUAUGCCUGGACUGGAGCAAGGAGCGCGCGUCUGUCGUCGCUGCUCUUCGAGGUCGUUCUGGAACCCUUGCGGCGCUCAACCUCAUCCCAACUGUCCUCUUCGCUCUCCGCAACAACCCCCUCAUCUCCAUCCUCCAGGUCUCGUACGAUGACUUCAAUCUGUUCCAUCGCUGGGCUGCCCGCAUCACCAUCAUUGAGGCCAUCGUGCAUACUGCAUGCUGGCUGAGCAAUACGCUUGAGGGCGACGGCGCUGCCGCCGUCGCCGCCGGUCUACGUGACGAGCAAUCCUACACCUAUGGCAUGGUCGCGACCUGUGCUUUUAUCUUCCUCGGCAUCCAGGCCUGGUCGCCUUUCCGACACGCCUUCUACGAGACAUUUUUGGGCAUUCAUCGCAUCAUGGUCCUGAUAUCCUUUGUUGGCCUGUACGAGCAUCUUGUCAGGCACGGCCUACCCCAAGUUCCUUGGAUGUACAUCAUCUUCGCUUUCUACAUCUUCGAGUGGGUAGCUCGUCUCACGUGGGCAAUCUACUACAACUUCGGACAGAAAGGCUGCCGAGUGACUGUUGAGGCUAUGCCUGGAGAGGCUUGCCGAGUUACCAUCAAGCUGGCACGUGAGUGGACUCCCAAGCCUGGCUGCAAUGUGCACCUGUACAUUCCCCGAAUUAUGGGACCUCACUCGCAUCCCUUCUCCGUCGCCUGGGCGUACCCGCCAUCGCCAUCGUCCAAAGAGCACAAGGAACGCUCCCUCUCGCAGCUCGAGGGUGGUCUCUCACCCAGCUCUCCUCACGCCAUCCAACGUACAAGGCAGAUCAGCUUGAUCUGCCGCGCGCGUACCGGCUUCACCCGCACAAUCUACGAAAAGGCAUGCGAGCAGCCCAAUAAAUCCUUUGAUGCAUGGGGUUUCAUUGAGGGCCCUUAUGGCGGGCACCACAGCCUUGAUUCCUACGGCACGUGCCUUCUGAUUGCUGGCGGUGUCGGCAUCACCCACCAGGUUAUGUACAUCAAGCACCUCCUCGCUGGUGCACAUGCAGGCACCACAGCCACGCGCCGCAUUUUGCUUGUGUGGUCGAUACCCGAUUCCGAGAGCCUGGAGUGGAUUCGCCCGUGGAUGGACGAGAUCCUACGCAUGCCCAGCCGCAAGAAGCACCUGCGCAUCAAGCUGUUCAUCACGAAGCCCAAGGGCCGCAUCGAGUCCGGCAGCUCGGAGAGCGUAAAACUGUUCGCUGGGCGACCGAAUUGGAAGACGCUGAUCGCGGAAGAGAUGACGCAUCGCGAGGGCGCUAUGGCAGUUACGUGCUGCGGGAGUGGUGGAUUGUCCGACACUGUCAGGGCGGCGGAUUGCACCUACAAGGCACCAAGUCGGAAGUCUGGCCAGAAGCGACAGCAACUCGCCGAAGGUAACAACCGAGAUCGAUUGCGGCACCUAGAAACUUUAGUGGAGCAGCUGAAUGAGCGUGUGAGAAUCGCUGAACAGCACAAUAAGACCCAAGCUCCAACCCAAGUACAGCAGCGCGAAGAGACCCAAAUUGGCAUCACGUCGCUGUCAAUAACAACGGCAAGCGACGGCUCCAGUAGGUACAAGGAAAAUUCGGGCAAUCUAGCAACAGAAUUUACCAAUGGCAUACUUAUAUUGUCUGGGCCUACUGUGAGCGGGGACACAAAUAACAGUCAAAAGAAGCCGCUGUCAAUGCCGCUCCCACCUCGAGAGCAUGUCCUGCCUAUUGUCCAACGCUUCCUCGAGAAGUCCAAUACAGCACUACCGCUGUUCCACGCAGACACUCUUCUGCGCAUGGUUCAUCGCUUCUACAUGUUUCCUUCUACACAACAGGAUCCAGUAGAAUGGGCCGCAAUCAACGUAAACUUGGCUCUUGCAUAUCGAUAUGGCCUAGUCGGGAGUGACAAUACCCACUUGUCAGUUGAGUAUCUCAACAGAGCGGAGUCAGUGCUAUCGAAUAUUGUCCUGGGGGAUACUCAGCUGCUCAACAUUCAAGUUCUUAUAGGGAUGGUACUCCUCCUUCAAGCCACGCCAGAUCUCACGCAGCCACUUAUCAUGAUUGCUACAACCAUGCGUCUCGCACACAAGAUUCGCCUCCAUGAUCGCGCCGCCUCUGCACAUUUGGAAACAGCCAUCGCGAGACAGCGCGCAAAUGUCUUCUGGAUAGCAUACGUCCUCGACAAGGACCUCAGCAUGCGCUCAAAACAACCGUCAAUUCAGCUAGAUGACGACAUUGACCUCGACUUACCCUCCUUCAGAAUCGCUGAUCAUCGGAUCAGGAACACAUGUAUCGAUGACGCCAGCGCGAUUCCAGGCGCUAUCACUACCAUGGACGGGACGGUCGAGAUGAAUUACUUCCUGACUCGCAUUCAGCUAGCUGUUAUCGAAGGAGGCGUGUACGAUUAUUUAUACUCCACGCGUUCUCAGAAACGCAGCGCCGAGGAGCGUGCUCACGCGCUAGAGAGCGUCUCUUGUGCCCUUGAAGCAUGGAAGGCAACCAUCCCGUUCGAGUUUAGUGCUUGCAUGGCCCCAGAUACGGUCUCUCCAGACGUGCUCCCGCUACUUGGGGUGUUAUAUUCGACUAGUCUGGCAUGCACAACUCUCCUCAACCAAGCAAAUGCCUGGAAUGGCCAGUGGAUAGACUGUAUGCGUAAGUACGCGAUCCCAGCACUGCCAUCGCGAUGGGAGGCAGUAGUGGAAGAGGCACGAGAUGUGGCCGUUCUGCUCGGGUCUUUGCCCACACCGGAUCGAUGGUACUUUUGGUAA